GAAUUUGCCAGCGCACUGUUACGCAUUGUGUACGGAUUGCUUCUGUUUGUGGUGCAUCACAAAUGGAUACGUUUCUGGCCGCCGUCCGUUCGUCCGGUGGUUAGUGUGAAACAGGGCAAGGUACGAGGCGUUACGUCGACCUUGCCGAAUGGGGGCCAGUUCCAUUACUUCAAGGGCAUCCCGUACGCCGAGCCGCCGAUUGGGAAGCUACGCUUUCGACCACCGGUUGCAUUGGAACGGUUCCGCAAACCGGUCGUCGAUUGUUAUGCUGAGCGGGCCAAUGGAGUGCAGAAAGAUUUCUUCUCACCGGUUGUCACCGGUAUCGAAUCGUGCCUCUACCUCAACGUGUUUACGCCCCGACUACCGGGCGAAGCGGACACAACCAAAGGAGUUCCCCGGCUACCAGUGAUGGUGUACAUCCAUGGCGGUGGCUUCAUGAGUGGCAGCGGUAGCAGCUUCUUCUACAAUCCGGAAUACUUCAUCCAACAGGAUGUGCUCGUGGUCACCAUCAACUAUCGGCUGGGACCGCUCGGGUUUCUCUGCCUUCCGUCCGCGGGCAUCCCGGGAAAUGCGGGCCUCAAAGAUCAGCUGCUCGCACUGAAAUGGGUAAAUGAAAACAUUGCUCAGUUCGGUGGCAAUCCGGAUAAUGUAACAUUGUUUGGCGAAAGUGCCGGUAGCAUGUCGACAUAUUUGCACUACCUAUCGCCGAACUCGAGGAAGUACAUCCAUCGGGCGAUAUGCCAGAGCGGUGUGGCCAUUACGGACUCGUUCUUUCAGGUGGAACCGGAAGUUAAGGCACGCAAACUGGCACGAUUUUUCGGCUACACCGGUGACUCCGACCAGGGCGUGCUUGAAACCCUCGAACAGGUGUCAGCAGCGGAGCUGGCGAAACAUCAAAACGAAGCGAUCAGCGAGGCAGAGAAGCAACUGGCCCUAAUCUUUAUCUUCCGCCCGGUGAUUGAACAGCGCCAGACAGAUGACAGCAUCAUAACGCAACACCCUAUGGAUAUCCUAAAGUCCUACGAUACGCUACGAAUGCCACUGAUGGAAGGAUGCAAUGAUGGCGAAGGUAUUUUGGCGCUGCGUAGCUUGGGCAAACGAUGGAAGACGUUCGGUAAGGCACCGGAACGGUUCGUGCCGGUGUUGUUGGGCAGGUCGCCUGAGCUGGACCGCGGUGUCGUAGGCCGGGAGAUCCAGCGGUUCUAUUUUGGUGAUCGUCCCGUAGGCGAGCGUACGAUCGAUAACAUGUGCGAUGUCAUGUCCGAUAACACGUUCAUCACAAACUCUGCCACCAGUGCUGAAUGGUUGGCAAAGUUUCAGCCGAACGCGCCCCACUUUCACUAUCGCUUCUCGUACGUCGGUCGGUUUAGUUUGAUCAAACGCCUCUUUAUGCUUUCCCACGUGCACGGCGCUUGCCAUGCUGAUGAUACGAUGUAUAUGUUCAAUCCUGGCUUCCUACCGAAACUGCCUCCAAGUAGCCCCGAGUGUCGUGUGCGAGACAUCUUCAUUGCUCUCUGGACUAGUUUCGCGAAGCAUGGUGAUCCAAACCGUGACGUGCCCUCCAGCUUGGUACCGGUGCGGUGGGAACCAGUUCCAAAGAUUGCACGCGAUUCGGACGACUUCCAGCUGGACUGUCUUGAGAUUAACACCAUACCGCGAAUGGUACGAAACCCGGGCGCCGGACGAAUACAGCUGUGGCGAGGACUGCUGAAAAAAAGAGUGUCAACGUUUGUGGGGCUACAUGGUGAUAUUAACAGCCAGGUGCUAAUGCGUAUUGGUACGAUGGUGGAAUGGACUAAUUUGUGGCAAUACGUGCUAGCGGUGGUGCGAUUAGGAACAGCGGUCAUCGCGUUCCUGGUGCAUCAUCUCCACGUGCGUCUACGUCCUCCACGUGACUGUCCGGUCGUCACCGUACGGCAGGGUAAGCUGCGUGGUAUUUCAGCCCGCCUCCCGAAUGGCGCCCGUUACUACUACUUCAAGGGAGUGCCGUACGCGGAGUCCCCGGUCGGGAAGCUACGCUUCAAGGCACCAGUUCCUUUGGAACGGUUCCGCAAACCGGUUCUGAACUGUUACGCCGAACGGAGCGACUAUAUUCAGCUCGAUUUCUUCUCCGGUUUUGUAUUUGGUUCGGAAAGUGGACUCUACUUGAAUGUCUACACACCCCAUCUUCCAGCCGAUGGGGAAGAGCCACCGACCAAAGCAAAUGGACUACCCGUGAUGGUGUUUUUGCACGGAGGAGGUUUCGUAUGUGGAAGUGGUAGCAGUCUGUUCUACAAUCCGGAGUACUUUUUGCAACGAGAUGUACUCGUCGUCACCAUCAACUAUCGCCUGGGUCCGUUUGGGUUUCUUUAUCUCCCCGAAGCCGGCAUCGAGGGAAAUGCAGGCCUCAAAGAUCAACUAAUGGCACUCCGGUGGAUUAAUCAAAAUAUUACAUGCUUCGGAGGCGAUCCAACCAAUGUAACGCUGUUCGGUGAAAGUGCUGGCAGUUUCUCGGCGUAUCUGCACAUGCUCUCACCAAACUCAAGGAAAUAUUUUCAUCGAGUUAUCUGCCAGAGCGGGGUCGUCUGCUCGAGCUCUUUCAUGCAGGCAAACCCACUAGAGAUGGCCUUCAAUCUGGCGCGUCAUUUUGGGUACAGCGGAACAAGUCAACAGGGCGCGCUAGAAACCCUGCAACAAGUUCCAGCAAAACUAUUAGCCACUCACCAACGUAAAGCCCUCGGACAGGGUGCAGAAAAACAGGCUGAUCUUGUCUUCAUCUUUCUCCCAGUCGUGGAGCAAACGCUAACGGAGCACUCCAUCAUUACGCAAGCCCCAGAAGUGCUACUGAAAUCGUAUGACACACUCCGUAUGCCCCUGCUCGAGGGCUGCAACGAUGCGGAAGGCAUCCUCGGUCUGUACAUUUUACGAACCAAGAUUCGCGCGGAAGACAUACGGCAUCUUCCCGGACGCUUGACGGCAAAGCUGUUCCGUCACCUGACGCCCACGGAGCGGACCGAGGUGACGAACAAGAUACGCAGGUUUUACUUCUCCGACGAACCACCGUCCGCGUGGUCUACCGAUCAGAUCAAGCACCUGUUCACAGAUGUGAUCUUCAUGAUGGAUUCCGCCAUUAACGCCGAAUGGUUGGCCAAGUAUCAGCCGAACCUUCGGCACUACCAUUACCGCUUCACGUACGACGGUCGGUUCAGUUUGCUGAAGCGAUUGUUCUCUAGUGCGACCGUCACGGGUGCAUGCCACGGUGACGAUUUGAUGUACAUGUUCAAUCCCAUGUUUUUACCAAACUUUGCACCUUCCAGUGAUGAAUGUCGAGUGCGUGAUAAUUUUGUAGCACUCUGGACCAGUUUUGCCAAGCAUGGAGAUCCGUCAGUUGAUUCGCGCGAUGUGGUAGAUGUGCAGUGGCGUCCAGUAGGGAAAAUUCCACGCGAUGGUUCGACGAACUUCCAACUCGACUGUCUCGAGAUCAAUGUGCAGCCGAAAAUGCUGAUCGAUCCGUGCAGGGAACGAGCGUACUUUUGGCGAGAAUUACUAGAAACUUAUCAAACGAGUCACCCUUGA